AAGUCGACCAUCAAGGUUCUUUCGUAUCUUACUCUUUGCCUCAUUUCUUUGAGCGAGAUACCAAUAGAUGGAAAAGAAAUGCACGUUUUGAUGACGAAAGAGUGCAUUAUGGCAUUCAUUUCGAUGGAAAGGACCACGUGGUGGAAAUGUGGCCGAACCAUGGUUUACUUGCACCCGGAUUCUUAGUGGAGACUCGCCCAUCUGGAGCUGCCACUGACUUGAACAAGGUGAAGAUUCGAUCUGUGGGGGACACACAGUGCCAUUACACUGGUUGGAUCAAAGGAGAGCAUGGCUCACGAGUCGCGCUGUCUGUCUGCAAUGGCAUAGCCGGUCACAUCAGGACUAAACAGAAUCACUACUACAUCGAACCUGUGAAAGACCAUGAACCGGAAGAAGACGGCCAACACUUACAUAUGGUCUAUCAGAGAUCCGUACAUAAUAAAAACGAACGAUCAUGCGGGACGAGUGAUGACUGGGAAACAGCAUGGGCAAACCGUUUAAGAGCCGAGUACCACCAAAGAGAAGGACCUUACACUGACUUAAAAGCUGACUUUGCUAAGAGACAAGACACCUACCGUUCAAUGCAAGAUAAUCGCGGCAAAAGAUCUUAUGAAGGAAAGACCAACUAUUUGGAAACAUUGGUCGUAGCAGACAAAAAGUUCCUGCAGACCCGAAAUGGCACAGAUUAUGAACAAUUUCUCCUCACAGCUGUGAACAUGGCUGCUGAUAUUUUCCAUGACGACUCUGUAGGACAUCAACUGGACUUGACGUUGGUUCGCGUCAUAUAUCUGGAAAAGGAAGAGGAAGAGGUUGACCUUACUAUCAACAUAGACGCUGAUGAAACCCUAACAAGUUUCUGUAAAUGGGCUACCAGGAUCAAUCCUGCAACAUCACAUCCAAAUCACCAUGACAUUGCUGUCCUUUUUACGAAGUACGACAUUUGUGCAGGAAUGGACGACUGUGGAGCUGUCGGACUUGCUAAUAUUGCAGGUUGCUGUGGGAAGGAUUUAUCCUGUGCUAUUUGCCAGGAUACGGGCUUAGUCGUGGGUACCGUAAUGGCACAUGAAAUCGGGCAUCUGCUGGGUGCUAACCACGAUUCUGAUGAGGACAAUCCACCACCAGGAGAAUGCCCUGGGGCAGUUGGCGAAUUUAAUAUUCACGUUAUGGCAUCGUGGUCUCAGGUUUCACCUGCAAACUGGUCGGUUUGCAGCAGGAAUUACAUCACCGAAUUUUUGGAGAACGACCUAGGCGCAUGUCUUUUGGACGAACCUCAAGACCACGAUUUCAAAUUUCCGCAAAUGCCUCCUGGCGUCGUGUAUGACCGCGCGUGGCAAUGUCGUGAUUAUUAUGGACCUACGGAACCUUGUGAUCUUGGCCCAGAAAGGAAUUGUAUUCACCUCAGUUGCAAACCACAUGGUAGUAAAAAAUGCCAGACAAAGGGUCCACCAGCCGAUGGAACAAGCUGUGGAAAUAAUAAGUGGUGCUUUGAAGGCAAAUGCGUUGAAGUCGGCGUAAGACCGGGAGCCAUCAACGGUGAAUGGGGUGAGUGGAGUUCUUGGUCUGAGUGUUCAAGGACUUGUGGCGGUGGCGCGCAAUACAUUGAACGGAAGUGCAACAAUCCCAGGCCUGCCAACAAUGGACGGUACUGCGUUGGGAAGCACCGGCAGUACAGAUUGUGUAAUAUAGAGCCUUGUGCUGAAGAUUCAUUAACUUUUCGAGAGUUUCAAUGUCAAGAACACAAUGAAGAUGACAUCAAGUGGACCCCUUUUAAUGAUGGCAAGCCUGAACAUGUGUGUUCCUUGAUGUGUUUGAGCAACAAGUAUGUGGUAAAAACUUUGAAACGCAGAGUGGAGGAUGGAACUUCAUGCAAGAGAGGUACUAAAAACAAAUGCAUUGCUGGAAGAUGUAGGAAUGUUGGUUGUGAUUUGGUUCUGGACUCUGACGCAGUGGAAGAUAUUUGCGGAGUGUGUAAUGGUGACGCAUCCACAUGUGAAAUCGUUGACGAAGUGUACAGAGAGAAUGGAAAGGGUUAUAAGAAAAUCGUAACUAUACCAGCAGGCUCUAGACAAAUCACUGUAGAAGAGAUGAAGCCAAGCAACAAUUUCUUAGCAGUUUCAGCAGCAGAUGGUAAGACAUUUUAUCUGAAUGGAAAUCACGAAAUUGAUCCUGAUGGAGAAAGCAAAAUCGCUGGAUCAAUAAGCGCUUAUUCUAACGUGGAGCCGGGGCAAGAAUCUUUGGUCAUCUCAGGUCCCAUUAAAGAAGAUAUCAUUCUGUACCUCCUUAAUAGUGCGAACCCAAAUCCAGGUAUACAUUAUAGAUUCUCAAUUCCAUCCACGUCUUCAAAUUAUAAGCCGAAAUUUAGCUGGCAACUUGUCAACUGGAGCCCCUGCAGCGUUUUUUGCGGAGGAGGAACCCAGUUCUCCGAACCAUCCUGUAUUGAAGAGAGAGGAGGAAAGGUGUCAAACAAACACUGUGAAAAUCUUCCAAAACCCGAAGUGAACACAAGGUUAUGCAAUGAGCAAACGUGUAAAAUCAGAUGGCGCACUAGUGAAUGGAGUAAAUGCAGUGGCUGCAUUGACAAACCGGGUCACAAGUUAAGGGUUGUAGAAUGUGUUAAACAGUCUCCAUUUGAAGAUAGUGAAGUCAUCAUCGAGGAAAGUGAAUGCAAGAAAGAGAAACCUUCUCACAAGGAAUCGUGCACCAGUAAGGAACCUUGUGGCGAGAAGUCUCCGAAACGUCAAGUAUCUUUGGAUGACGAAUUAGUGUCUCUUGAGGACGAGCAGAGAUAUGACACUUCUUCAGGUUGUCGCAAAAACGAAGUGAAACCAAUUGAGAAAGAAGAAAAUCGUGAGAACAUUUUUAGGGAUAAAGGGCAAUGUACAGAAGACGAAGAAGAUGAGGAGGAAGAAUGCGAUGAGGACGAAGAGAGGAACAAUGAAGAGAGCAAAAAGAAGAUAUUCUAUAAAGGAAAUGAGAAUAAAUGUGAUGAGGAAACUACCACUAUAAAGGAAGGACUGGUAGUAGAUAAAGAACAUCCCGAAAAGUUCAAGAUCUUCCAGAUACCAAUGAAAGAAGAUGUAAAUGAUUUUAAUUUUUCAGACGAAGCCCUUGAAAAUGUAGCUGAUAAAGUAGCCAGUCCCAUAGACCCGACCAAAGUGAAAGUAGUGAAGGGAGAGGAGGCACAGAGACUGCUACAGGAUAGUAAGAAGAAGAACAAAGCCGACGAUGAAAGUGAAGAGGACGCAGAUUAUGAUUACGUGAAUACGAAAGAGACGGAAGAGCACAAUGGGGACGAAGAUGAAACUGAAUGUUAGAGAAAUUUACAAAUAAUGAGGCAAUUUAAGAUUAUUAUAAUUGUAUAUAAUUUUCGGUAAAAUUAUCAUAAAUCAAUCUUGAAAUUUUAUUAUUAGAUUAUAUUUAA